AUGCAAGGGUGCGCUACACUUCCUAGGCCCGGGUGUAGUGGAAAAUAUGCAAGGGUUGCUAGGCCGUCGCCAGGAAGCGGCGCGCCACCCGAUGGUGGUGUUAACUAUCCAAGGUUUCAUGGUAAGGGAAGGGGUAAGGGUAAGGGUAGUAGGAUGCGAUUUGGGAUUUGGAACAUUGGCUCUUUGACAGGGAGAUUAGUCGAAGUAGUAGAGGUUAUGAAAAGGAGGAGAAUUAACAUAUUAUGUUUGCAGGAGACUAAGUGGGUUGGAAACAAGGCAAGAGAAAUAGCUCCAUGGGGUUAUAAGCUUUGGUAUUCCGGAAAAACUAGAGGUAGGAAUGGGGUAGGUAUCCUUAUUGACAGAGAUUAUAUUGAUGAUGUAGUGGACGUGUCCCGAAAGAGUGAUCGAAUUAUGAGUAUUAAGCUUGUGAUAGGGGAUGAGGUUGUAACUAUUGUGAGUGCCUAUGCACCACAAGCAGGACUAGAUGUGUCAACUAGACAAGAAUUUUGGGAGGAUUUAGAAGAAGUGGUGCAACGUGUCCCUAGAAGUGAGAAACUGAUCAUUGGUGGUGAUCUCAAAAGACAUGUAGGCUCGAGUCGCGAUGGAUUUGAAAGCAUUCAUGGUGGUUUUGGGUAUGGGGAGCGGAAUGAAGCGGGAAAUGCUAUUUUGGAUUUUGCAUUGGCAUAUGACUUGGGUAUAAUGAACACUUGGUUUGAGAAAAGAAAAUCUCACCUAGUAACCUAUAGGAGUGGAGAUAAUGCGAGUCAGAUUGACUUCUUUUUAGUAAGGAAUGCUUUGAGACAGUGCUACACCAAUUAUAAGGUGAUUCCGGGUGAGAGUACAGCAACCCAACAUAGAUUUGUGGUACUUGAUUUUCGAGGUAGAAGUUAUAUAUGA